AUGCCUGAAACUGAGGUAGCGAAUGGUAAAUAUGCAGAUGCUGCAAAAUACCUAACUGAAACGAGCUUAGGAAGGAGAUAUUCCGUAGAGGAAACACUAGCCUUGCGAAAAAAAUUUGUCGGAAAAUCGAUGUAUUACUUUUAUGAAGAUGAUCCUUUGAAGAUUGUUCGUGGUCGUGCACAAUACCUAUACGAUAAAGAUGACAACCGUUACUUAGAUUGUAUCAACAAUGUCUCUCACGUUGGGCAUUGCCACCCUCAUGUUAUCGAAGCGAGUCAUAAACAAAUGUCUCAAUUAAACACUAACGCAAGAUUUCUCCAUGAUAACCUGGUAACAUACGCUGAAAGAUUAGCUAAAACAAUGCCUGGAGACUUAUCUAUCUGCUUCUUUACAUGCACAGGGACUGAGGCUAACGAUUUAGCAGUCAGACUUGCACGUUGUUAUACAAAUCAUAAUGACGUUAUAGUAUUAGAGGAUGCAUACCAUGGAAACGGCAGUUCUACAGUAGAACUGAGCUCCUAUUCGUUUAACAAGCCGGGUUAUGGUGGUAAACCUGAGCAUGUUCACGUGGCCAAAAAGCCAGAAUGCUAUAGAGGAAUCUAUCGUGGUAAUCCCAACAGCAAUGAAUUAGGUAUACGCUAUGCUGAACUUGUCCAAGAAGAAAUCCAGAUGGCACAUAAAAAAGGACAAAAGAUAGCUGCAUUUCUGGCAGAAACAAUGCCAAGCUGUGCAGGCCAGUUUAUUCCACCUCCGGGAUAUUUGCGUAAUGUAUAUAAAUACGUACGGGAAGCUGGAGGUAUCUGCAUCGCUGAUGAAGUUCAAACUGGAUUUGGACGUAUGGGUAAAUACUUUUGGAGCUUCGAACAUCAGGGUAAUCUAUCGCUUCGGGUUAUUCCAGAUAUUGUAACACUAGGUAAACCGAUAGGAAAUGGUCACCCAUUGUCGGUCGUAGUUACCACUCCGGCAAUUGCUGCAAAGUUUGAAAAAUUUACAUAUUUCAACACAUUUGCAGCAAAUCCGGUUUCCUGCGCUAUUGGUCAUGCCGUUUUAGAUGUUAUUGAGAACGAAAAUCUUCAAAAAAAUGCGGAAACCGUUGGAUACUACUUACUUCAGAGGGCAAAAGAAUUGUUGGACGAGUUCAAAAUCAUAGGAGAUGUGCGUGGACUUGGUCUAUUCCUAGGAAUAGAGUUAGUUAAAGAUCGUAAGUCUAGGGAGCCAGCUGUUGAAGAAGCGGCAUCAGUAGUAGACUUUAUGAAAGAAAAGCACGUUCUAAUUGCUAAAGAUGGUCCAGAUCGAAAUAUCAUAAAAUUGAAGCCUCCCCUCUGCUUCACUAAAGCGAACGUUGAUACUUUUAUAGCGACGUUUAAGCAAGCUUUAAACAAUUUAAAACUCUGA